UAGCCCGCUACGCGCGUUGUCGUAGCCGCAGGUUCAAUGACCGACCCGUGAUAUUUAACUCGUGUGGUAUAAACAAAAACUGUGCUUGUUCCCUCCGUUGAAUUAUUGUGAAACUUUCAGUGCUGGAUUUGGAAUUUCAAUCAGCCAUGAGUCUGGUGCCGCCGGGAGGGGACGACUCGUCCAGCCCGCGGCGCGCCAUCAGCCCGUUGCUGGAGCCGCGGCGCCCGCACUGCACGCUCGCCUGCGACUACUGCGCUGCCGUGCUGGAGGACAAGUUCAAACGCAGUGCAGAGAUGCGUAACCGCGGCACGUCCCCACUGUCAGCGUCGCCGCGUCAGUCGCUGACGGGCGAGCCGCCCUGGGGACUGCCCGACGAAGACCGCCCCGACUUCCUCGCUCUGAAGGAGAACAUACACAGGAUUAAUAAGGACUGUGAGACCUCAACCCGUCUGGACGCGCUGCUGAGCCAGGUGGAGCAGUACGCCAACAACUUGGAGGCUCUCGUGGAGGAGAGGACCAGCGACUACCUGGAGGAGAAGAGGAAGUGCGAGGAACUGCUGUACCAACUGCUGCCCAAAUCAGUGGCCUCCCAGCUGAUAAUGGGUCAGCCGGUCAUGGCGGAGACCUACGACCAGGUGACGAUAUACUUCAGCGACAUCAUCGGAUUCACCCAACUAUCCGCCGAGUCCACCCCGCUCGAGGUCGUCGACCUUUUGAACGACUUGUACACGAGUUUCGACUCCAUUAUUGAGAACUUCGAUGUCUAUAAGGUGGAGACAAUAGGCGACGCGUACAUGGUGGUGUCCGGGCUGCCGAUGCGCAACGGCAAUCGGCACGCGGCGGAGAUCGCCCGGAUGUCCCUGGCGCUGCUGGGGGCCGUCCGGGUGAAGACUGUCCCGCACCGCCCCGGGGAGAGACUGUUGCUGCGCAUCGGGAUGCACACAGGUCCGUGCGUAGCCGGGGUGGUCGGCUUGAAGAUGCCCCGGUACUGUCUGUUCGGAGACACGGUGAACACGGCGUCCCGGAUGGAGUCACACGGGGAGGCCCUCAAGAUCCACGUCAGCCCCAAGACCAAGGAGGUGCUGGACCUCUACGACUGUUUUGAGCUGGAGUGUCGCGGAGAGAUCACUAUGAAGGGUAAAGGCCUCAUGACCACAUACUGGCUGAUAGGAGAGAAGAAGUGCAACAACCCCGAAUACCAAUACUACAGCAACCACACAGAACCGAACACGGCCAUCAACCCCAGCAUCACGUUCCAGGGACCUGACAGCCCAGCAUCGCACUCACUCACACACAGCCAAAGUCCUGAACGAGUGUCAGAAAGAGUACAGUCCAACCAGAGGCAGCUGGAGGACAUCAUGAGUGAAAGAGACAGGAUCAAGCAUGAGAUAGCGACGUUUGUCGCGAAAGAUUUGAUCAAUAACAUUGAUAGUGCUGUGAGGGAGUUCAGAAAGUCUCAGAGCGCGCAUUUUGCAAACACUGGCAUUCACAGGCACGUUGGAGUAUGCAAUGGCAACAGUAGAGCUGCCAAAGAUAUCGUUACACCAGUUUAUGAUAAAGAACUCGUCAUCAGUAAAGGAAAAGUUCGAGAUGUCGUCAACAGGUUUAACAACUGCGUCAGUAGUGAAAAACUCAACGAAAUCUCAACAAAAAAAGUCACGAAACCCAAAUCUUCUGUAAAGUCCGAAGACUGAAUUCCCUAUUCUUAAAGUUUCUCCUCGGUCCAAAAAAGAUUUUAUUUAGUCUCUAAGACUUUUUUGUAAACUAUAGUAGGUAUACCUAAAUCUAGUCAAUGUGUAAGAUGAUUUGUACGAGUAGAUGUAUCUCUAUGUAAGUUCAUAAAUCGAUUUCAGAUGUAGUUUGAUUCAUCAAUGAUUUAAAAUAAAUGACAACUUAUUUUGAUCUAGUCUAGUCUAGUCUGGCACGGUGACUCUACUUAAAUGGUAAAUUUAUUUAUAAAUAUUAUAAAUAUGUGUGCAAAGCAUGCUUCGUAUACCUAAAGAUAUUUAUUAUAAUUUAGUCAUUAUAGUUAGUAGAAAAUUUAUUUAGAGAUUACAUAAUUAUGAAGAUAUUAUUAUUAUUAUUCAAGUAAGAACAUCGUCUAGUAAAAGUUAUUGAAUUAAGUGAUACUUAACAAAAUUUUCAGAUUUAAAUAUUGCGUUGGGAUAAAGUCCAAAUGUUGUAUAUAAUAGUGAAUCACUUUGGCAAAUAAGUGAAAGAUGUAGUGAGAAUAUAAGAAUAAUAAUUAUGUAAAUAGCGAUUGUAUACAUGUACCUUCUGAAAAGGUCAUAAUAAUUUACGUCUAUCUCAAUUUUUAUGUGUAGUAAAGGUCCAGUACAUUAUUAUUAAUAAGUAGAUGUUAAAUUAUAUUCACCAUUUAUAAAGAUAAAGAAUCC